CAACCCGGAAGUUAAAUACUACAUCCCGUGUCAAUUUACUUGCACUUUGUUCACAACGAGACACGCUUACUUCUCAAUAAGCACAAUCGGUGUGCGUUUUCGGGCAAGCAUGAUCCCUAUUGAACAUGUGUUUCGGGCCGUGGAGACGCCGCUGUUCUGGCUCGGAGCUGUGACCGCGGCCUGGCUGUCGGUGUGUUCCGUUUAUCGGCUGCUGGCCGGGAUCAAGGUGUGGGUUCUGGGCAACGGGAAGCUGGUAUCACCCGCUACACUUGGCAAAUGGGCCGUUGUGACGGGAGCAACAGAUGGUAUCGGCAAAGCCUAUGCAGAGGAGCUGGCACGGAGGGGCUUCUCCAUUGUGCUGAUUAGUCGUUCUCAAGAGAAGCUGGAUGAAGUUUCAAAAGCAAUUGAGAGCAAAUGUGGUGUGGAGACAAAAACCAUUGCAGCAGAUUUCAGUUCAGUCAACAUUUACUCCAAGAUUGAAGAUGCACUUGCAGGACUGGAGAUUGGAGUGUUGGUGAACAAUGUUGGAAUAUCCUAUACUUACCCAGAAUUCUUCCUCAGCGUCCCCAGUCUGGAUACUUUCAUUGACACGCUGGUGAAUGUCAACAUAACAUCAGUGUGCCAGAUGACAAGACUUGUUCUGCCUCAAAUGGCUGAGAGGAAGAAGGGCGCUAUCCUCAACAUCUCUUCUGCCAGUGGCAUGCAUCCAGUUCCUCUGCUGACAGUCUACUCUGCAUCCAAGGCAUUUGUGGACUUCUUUUCACGAGGGUUGCAAGCUGAGUACAAAAGCAAAGGGAUCAUCAUCCAGAGUGUUCUGCCAUUUUUUGUGGCAACCAAGCUGAGUAAAAUCCGAAGGGCCACGCUAGACAAGCCGAGUCCGGAGCGCUAUGUCGCCGCUGAGCUCAACACUGUGGGUCUCCAGACGCAAACCAAUGGUUACCUGCCUCAUGCCAUCAUGGGCUGGGUGACUACAGCUCUGCUCCCUGCCAGUAUUCUCAGCAGACACAUGAUGGGAGUGACUUUGUCUCAGCGUGCUCGUUACCUCAAGAAGCAGAAGCAGGGCUAGCUCAGUGGCGGCCGGGAGCGGACCAGCUGUGCUCAUGCCUCUUCUGACUCCCAUCAUCAUCAUCACCUUGGACCAAGAAGAGGAAAAGCUGACAGUUGCUGGGGAGACAAUUUUCCCUUGCCCUCAGAAAGUGCACGUCAUAGAUAAUGCAAGGCAGCCCUAUCACUGCGCAUUAUUAGUUUCCAGCUUUAAUCAACCAAUUGAAAAUAGUUUUGAAUUUACAUCUUGGCUUACAUAACUCUAUAUUUAACACUCUUAAUAAUGACAGGUUGUAACUCACAUUUUGGACUGAAAUGUCUUCAUGUUGACAUUCUCAACAUUCCUAACAAAGCACUUAAAAAUGAAAAAAUAAUCUGGAGAGUUUUUCUGCCACUUAUUUUCUUUUGUGAUGUGGACCUCCACAUAGGCUUCUUAUCACUGACUCAAACUUGCUGUGCUAUUUUUCCACUUUACUUACGGACUCUCUAGGAUUGCUUCCUGCCCUGAAAUGUGAUGUUUGAUUUAGGUUUGUAUUUAUUUAUCUGACAAACCAAUGAAAACAAGUAACAAAUGUUGGUACUUGUACACAAUCUAAUGAGAUCUAAUACAAAUAAAUGAUUGAUUAAAAAAAAAAA